AUGUCUUUCACGAAGAUUCUCGCCCUCUUCUCCCUUUCUAUUGCCUUCCUCCUGGUUCGGAAAUGGCGUACAUUGUUCGGCCGACAGGCCAAAAGCGUCAUUACUUUGGAUUCAAAUCAGAAAUCGAGACUCGAGGCUAAACUUGCAGAGCGAGUCACGCUAUAUAAAGAACUGUACUACAAAGUACAAAACCUCGAAGAGUUCCCUGAGAUUCUACCGGCAGCAAAAGAGAUGCUUCUAGAACUUUUGCAAGACGGGUUUGCCAUGGCGAAAUACAAGCCACCAACUCGCAGUAUUCUGGACCUAAAAGAAUACGACUCAGCAGCCCUAGACAAGUUUCUCGAGGCUGAACGUCAAGAGGUCUCUAAUGGAUUCGAAUCCUAUGUCAGGCGAAGAGCGGCUGGAUCCCCUCGAGAGCUGUUCAAUACCAAAGAAGACGCCGUCCAAUGGCUUAAGCGCCUUGCCCCUUUGAACUUGAUCGACGGAGCUUGGCUCUGUCGUGUUCACAAAAUCACGACGCCAUUUGUGCUCAGAGACAUCACCAAGAACGCAUGGCAGGUGUUUUCCGAAGAACUAGGCGAUGGAGAUGUUGAGAAAAACCACGUCUUGAUUUACAGAGAUCUGCUGAGAAACCAUGGCGUUGAUCUUCCUGCAUGUGACUCGAUCGAAUUCAUCCGAGACCACCCUGAACUAAACGAUGAGCAAGUGUGGAGGAACUCAAUCGGGCAACUGCUCAUUUCCCUCUUCCCCAACGAGUUUCUACCUGAGAUACUGGGCCUAAACUUGCAUUUUGAGGCAUUGGCACCUACUGGCCUUAGAGCAACUAAAGAGUUCCCAGAAGUUGGCAUCUCGGCAUACUACUUCGCUCUGCAUGUAUCAAUCGAUAAUGCUGAUUCGGGACACUCGGGCAUGGCACUGGCCAACAUUGUCGCUUUCAUGGACCUUAUGCGCAAGACUGGCAUGAUGGACUGUGACCAGGCGUGGAAGCGUAUUCAGGCCGGAUAUUUGCUCUCGCAAGCCCUUGACGACAGCGAGACGCCAGACGUGUUUGAAGAGAGAUUGAUCCAGAUCCUCCACCGCAAGGCGAAUCUUGCACGCAAGAUCCACUGCACCAGCCGAGCCCGCAUCGGUGGCAAAAGCCUAUCAGAGUGGUUCUCAUCUCCCUUCUCUGCCAAUGAGAAAGGUGAUGAGUGGAAAUACGGCUUUCUCCACGCCUUGGCUGACUCGAGGCCGUGGGUAUACAGAGGCAAUAGCAGCAAGAGCCUGCUUAUGAAAGAACUCUCUUGGACUGGCAGAAUGUUUGGCGCAUUCACCGAUAGCGAAGUCGAACUCAUGCGUACCUGGAUCGACUCUCUCCAGGAAAAGGAUGCUCGCCCGGGAGACGCGUACUGGAAAACUGUUGGAGGGCACUCCCUUUUGGAAAACUCAUUCCUACCUCCACGGCAGGAUGUGGCUGUUACUCAUCCAGUCUUUGGACCCCAAGAUGUGUGCCCUUCUAGCGCCUCGCCCGAUUUUGUUCCAUUGCCCGCCUUGCAAAUAUCUCAGAUCAAGCUUGAUGCCAUCCUUCCGCUAUGGUUCGUACAUCCUUGUGUGUUGGAGAACAUAGUAGCAUCGCCAUAUCAGACAGCCGAAACGUUGACGUCAAAAAUCCUCCAAAUUAUUCGUGCUGAGAUGGGCUACAGCCCAGAAAACACGGGCAUGGCGGGUAUGGAUGAGCAGUUACGUCGUGGAUAUCGCCCAGACCUCAUCGCCCUUGGAUGUGAAAUUGCUCGCAGGCACAGCGUUCCCGAGCCGACGUGUCUGGGCGAUAUCAUCGCGCCAUUGAGUGAGGAUUCACCCGCAGUCACGAAGUUUGCACACUCUUUGCUCAACUGGUCUAUGCGACCGCAAAAGAACGGCGCAUUCCUGUUAGGUCUGUCUCGCGCUUUUCUUGACAUGGAAGUGUGGGUAGCUGCAGAUGAGUCGUUGCUGGCUAAAGAGGGCAGAAACUACCUGUGGCAAGUCAUUGAGCGAAAGAGAAUAGGAUUUGAAGCCUGUUUGGAGGAACUCAGUUCGGAUCCCGCCAAGUCUUGUGAAUUUUUUGGUGGCUACGAGUAUGGACGGACGGAGAUUGAGAAGGUAUUGGCGUGA